AUGUAGAAAGCAGAACAAGUUGAAGAUAAUCAACUACUUACAAAUAAAUCGACUGCAAAACCUAGUUAAUAAACUGAAUCACUUGCAACUUAGAAGAUGGUUCCCUAUAAGGAGCUUUUUAGAUAUGCCACAUCUUCAGACAAAUUUUUAAUUUUGGUUGGCAUCAUAUCAUCAGCGGGCAACGGAGUAACAAUGCCAAUGUUCUCUGUGAUAUUUGGAGAUAUGACUGAUGCAUUCUCUGGGGAUGAUCCAGAUAAAAUGCUUAGAGCUGCAGGAAUAGCUGCUAUAUGGUUCUUAGUUCUAGCUGGAUGUUCUUGGGUGCUUUCUUUCUUAAGUUUCUCAACAUUCAUGAUAUCUGGAGAAAAACAGUGUAUUAGAAUGAGAAAAGAAUAUUUUGGAGCAAUCUUGAGAUAGGAAGUUGGCUGGUUUGAUUCAAUAAAUCCAAAUGAACUGAACACUAAAGUGGCUGACGAAACUUUUGCAGUAGAGGGCGCAAUUUAAGAGAAGGCAGGAACCUUUAUAAUGACCUUUUCCACAUUUAUUUGUGGAUUUAUAAUUGGAUAUUCAUAUGGUUGGUAACUAGCCUUAGUAAUUACAGCGGCAAUGCCAUGUUUGGCCUUUUCUGUGGUUAUAAUGACAGUAGUAGUGAUGAAAUCUGUAAAAUCCACUUAGGAAUGCUACUCAACAGCUGCAGCAGAAUCUGAACAAGCUUUGAAUGCGAUAAAAACAGUGAAAAUGUUGGAUGGAGAAGAUUUUGAAUGCGAGAAAUAUUCAAGACAACUUGUGGUGGCAGCCAGAACUAAUGUUAAAUAUAGUCUCUUCUCAGGAAUGGCUCUAGGAUCUAUAUUUGCAUUUAUGAUUUGGACUUACGCAUUAGGCUUUUAUUAUGGGGCUAAAUUAUUAUCUGAUUAAGUAACUAAUACAAAUACUGGACUUAUUUAUACUGUAGGAGAUGUUAUGACUGUUUUCUUUGCUAUUUUGAUGGGUAGCUUUUCUAUAGGAUAAGCUGGUCCAUGUUAUUAAGCAUUUGCAAAAGGAAAGGUUGCUGGAGCAUAGAUCUUUUUCAUUAUCGAUCGUAUUCCAAAGAUAUAGAAUCCUAUUAAUCCAAAACAAUUGAAGAAUUUCACUGGUGAGAUAGUCAUAGAGGAUGUAGACUUCUUUUAUCCAGCUAGACCAGACACUUAAAUUUUAAAUAAAUGCUCUUUAAAAAUACCAAAAGGAAAGAAGGUGGCUCUUGUUGGAGAAAGUGGUUGUGGAAAGUCUACCAUUUUACAAUUAAUAGAAAGAUUUUAUGAUGUUAACGAAGGAAGAGUUUUGGUAGGCGAUGAUAAGAUUGAUGUAAGGGACUUGGACUUAAGAGAUUACAGAACUUAAAUAGGUUUGGUAGGAUAAGAACCUAUGUUGUUUGCAACUAGUAUUAGAGACAAUCUUUUGUAUGGAAAAACUGAUGCUACUGAGGAGGAAAUUAAUAGAUGCAUUGAAAAAAGUGAAUGCUUGGGAUUUUGUUAGUAAAAUGGAUAAAGGACUGGAUACUUAUGUAGGAAUGGGUGGAAGUCAAUUAAGUGGUGGUCAAAAACAAAGAAUUGCAAUAGCAAGAGCAAUUCUCAAAAAACCUAAACAACAAGUGCAUUAGAUAGAACAAACGAAAAGUUGAUCCAAGAGACUCUUGAUGAAGUCUCACAAGGUAUUACAACCAUUGUUAUUGCUCACAGAUUAAGUACAAUUUAAAAUGCAGAUAUCAUUUAUGUGUUUGCAGGGGGAAAGGUAGUUGAAACUGGUACUCAUUAAGAACUUAUGAAUUUACAUGGUAAAUAUGAAUAAUUGGCAAAAAAUCAAAUUACAUCUCAUUAAAAAGAGGAAUAAUAGGCACAUAAUUUGAACCAAAACUAGCAUAAUCAUUAAACAAAGGAUUAAAAUGAUCAAUAGGAUGUAGAUGUAGGUUCCGUUCUGUCUGUUAAUUAAUUUGGUUCAGAUUAACCACAUGUUGUUGAAAAAGUCAUUAAGGAAAUCAAGGAUAUUAAACAGUUGAACAUUCAACUUAAAAAUAAAGUUCAAAACAACUUUGAGGAGAUGAAAACUUAAAGUUCUUAAAAUGAUUCUAAUGAUGCUUAAAUUAUGGGAAGGUUGUUUAGUUAUGGAAAAGAAGAAAGAUGUGUUUUGAUAUUAGGAUUAGUGGCUGCUCUCAUUAAUGGUUGCAUCUUCCCAUGCUUUUCUUUAUUUUUCUCUGACAUGAUUACAUUACUGGCUGAAAAUGUAAAGAUGGAAAAAGUAAAGAAUGACUCAGCUGAUAUAGCACUAUGGUUUUUCUUAUUUGGUUUAGGAUUCUUAGUAUUCUAGACUUUGGAGAGCUUCUUUUUAUCAAUUGUUGCAGAGAACUUAACAAUGAAAUUGAGAAAUUUCACAUUCAGGAAAUUACUUAGAAUGCCUAUUCCCUUCUUUGAUAAGCCAGAAAACAAUGCUGGUACCUUAACGGCUAGAUUAAGUGUAGAUUGUAAAACAGUUUAAAGUUUGACUUCAACAAUUAUUGGAUUCAAACUUUAAAAUGCUUCUGCACUUAUUUGUGGUAUGGCUAUAGCCUUUUCUUCGAGUUGGGCCUUGACUCUAAUAGUGUUAGCUACUGCACCAUUCAGAUGGAUUGGUAUGAAAUUGAGAACUAAAUAUAUGGGAGCUUUGGCUGGUUCUAAUAAGGGAGAAAGUUUCAAGGAUGCUGGAAAUCUAAUUAUGGAGGCUGUCACAAAUAUUAGAACUGUGUUUUCGUUUGGAAAUGAAAACAUCAUUUUGGAUGAUUACACAAAAAGAAUCCAAGAACCUUUAAAAGAGUGUACAUCAAAGGGUCUUUCGGCUGGUAGUGCUUUUGGAUUUUCACAAAUGCAACCAAUGCUCAUCAAUGCACUGGUCUUCUAUUGUGGAGCUUUAUUAGUAAAAUAUGAAAACUUGGAUGUAAAUGAUAUGUUUAGAGCAAUCUUCGGAAUUACAUUUGCUACUAUGGGUGGUGCUAGAGACUCUCAUUUUGUAGGAGAUGUUGAGAAGGGUAGAACAGCUGCUAAAAACAUUUUUGAGAUCUUGGAUUCAGUUGAUGAAUUCUAAAUUGAAGAAUAAAAAUAAUUCAAGAAGUUAAAGACUUAAAUUAAAGGACAUAUUGAAUGCAAAAAUUUGACAUUCAAAAUACCCAACUAGAGAAAAGAAUGUCUUUACUAAUUUAAGUUUAACAAUUCCUUCUGGCUAAAAGGUUGCCUUUGUUGGAUCAAGCGGGUAUUCUACGAUCCAGAUUAAGGAGAAAUAUUGGUUGAUGGAUUGGAUAUUAGGGAUUACGAUAUUAGGCAUUUGAGAAAAUAAUUAGCUAUUGUAUCAUAAGAACCAGUUCUAUUUAAUGGAACUAUUAAAGAAAACAUCCAGUAUAAUAGUCAAAAUAUCACUAUGGAAUAAAUCGAAUAGGCUGCCAAAAAGGCUAAUGCUUAUGACUUUAUUAAACAAUAAGACUUUGGAAAAGGAUUUCAUAAAAGAGUAGGACCAAAAGGAUCACAAAUAUCAGGAGGAUAAAAACAGAGAAUUGCUAUAGCUAGAGCAGUACUUAGGAAUGCUAGCAUACUUUUACUGGAUGAAGCCACAAGUGCAUUGGAUGCUAAGUCUGAAGAAAUUGUAUAAGAAAGUCUUAAUAACAUAAUGAAAGAAAAUACUACGUUGUCAAUUGCUCACAGAAUUUCAACUAUCAAAGAUUCUGAUAUAAUCUACGUGUUUGAUAAUGGUAUGAUCGUAGAAUAAGGUACUUACAAUUACUUGGUUGGCCUCAAAUAAUUCUUUUACAGAAUGGAAUAAGGGAUAGCCAUUAAUUCAACAAAAAAUUCUUGAUUUCGUUUAUUUUUAUUAGAUUUUAUAUUGAAAUGUAAUUUAA